GAAAUGUGCUUUAACUUAAGUCAAAGAAUUGAGAUUUUAUUUGAGUUUUUCUAUAACUGUUGCUCUAUCCGUUUUUAACUUUGUUGCAAACUUAAUAGCCAAUGCAAGUGUUUAGAAAAGGAAUAAGCAGCAGCGGCAAAAAAUCACAAAUGAAUUAAUUCAAAAAUCAAAUCAAUUGCAAGCAAGCCAGCAACAGCAAAAAGUGUGGAUGCAAAUGCUUAACAAAUACCGAUAAUAGCAUGGAAUAAAUAUAUGCUUCUAUAAUUUUGUGUAAUUAUUUGCCGACCAACAUAAACUUAAGCGAAUAUGUUAAAUUGCACGGAUUUGGCGUGCGUAUUGCAUCAUCAUCACUUCUAUGCACAUCUUCAUCAUUUAAAGAAUCAUUUACAAGAUGAUAAUGACAAUGGAGUACUCGGAGAUGGAGAUGGGAGUGACGUAAGCGGAAAUUACAUUAGUCAAUUAAGUAAUAAUGAAAGCGAUUCAGAUCUUUCAUCGUUAUCCCACGUAGACGCACCUAACGAUACCAUUUAUAUGGUAUGUGGAGUAGUGAUUGCAAUGUUACUUGUCGGUCUUAUUAUUAUAUUAGUGGCAGUAACGAUUAACAAAUUACGUAAGCGUGAAGAAUCAUCAUCUCCGUCUCCAAUUGCUUUGGAAGCCCAACAACAAUACACUUUGCAAACGCGAUUUAGUAGCUUGGAUAGUACAAAUUGUGGCCACGAACAUCAUCUUCAACAUCAUCAAGAGCAGCAACUAUUUAAUACAACACCUAGCAUUAUUGCUUCCGCUCUAACAGAAGGCAAUGGUCAUUUGAACAACAACAACAACAAUAGCAUCAGCAAUAAUAGUAACAACAAUAAUAAUCAUCAUCUUCAUCCUCAUAAUGGCAUCAUAUUUGAAGAACCCGAUUCGGUAACAUUUGUACGAACCAGUGGUGUGACAACAAAUGGUUGGAUAUUUCCGCCCAAAGCUCCAACACCUAAUAUUUACAACUGCAUAAAUCAUGAUCUGUUGGCUGCAGCAAAUCAUCAAAACGGCUUCAAAGGUUUCCGUAAACAGUUCAGUGGCCGUUUUAAACGUUUGGUAUCGAAAAAGUCAGAAUCAACCUCGCCCAUACCGCCGGAGCUUAGGCCGCAGCUGAAAACUAUUUAUGUCUAUUAAGCCAAAAAAGAAGAAAAACAAAGCAAAACAAACCUACAAAGUCACAGAGUUUGAUAAUUUGAUUUCAAGGUUGACUGAGCUGAAAGCAAACAUCCAACAACGGAUUGCAAUCAUAAGCAAUAAGGUUUCAUAUAUAGAUGUACAUCGUCAUCAUCAUCCUGCGCACUAACUAUAUAAACGAGAUUUACUCAUUUACCUGCAUGCCGAAGGACAUUUAACGAAAGUAUUAAUUAGAACCUCCUGACAUUUAUAUAAUUGUAUGUAUGCUAUGUAUGAUAGAUAAAUGAGUAAAAAGCAAAACUUACAAGUUGUUGCCAUUAGCUGUUAAGUCUGAGAUAAAUGAUUGGAUUACUUUAAUCGGUAAUCACCGCUUUCACAUCUCGAAGACGCUUGUGAAACUCUUUUCUUUUACUUACCUGCUUUUUUUUUGUUCAUACUUUCUCUCUCCUUAUCUCUCUCCCUUUCUCUCUUUCCCAUAAAAUCUAUCGAUUUUCCGUUUCACCUUGUUCAACUCUUGUUUUAUGGCUAUUUUAUGUACGAUCUAAAAUCUAUUUACUUAAUAAUGUACUAAAGAACUUCUUAAUUAUUCCUAAUUUAUAUACGAUAAUUAUUAUUAUUAUUUAAAAAGGAAAACAAAAACAAAAAAAUGAAUGAAAAGAGAAAAUCACAAUUAUUUAUUCGCUCACAUUGAGUGACAAAACUUAAAACAUCCGACAACAAAAAUUGUAAAAAU